AUGCAUGCUGACGCAGUCGAUGGUGCCGUUCUUGAUUCCACACUUGCGGAGCCACCAGCGCACGAGAAACAAAAACCAAGGCGGGAGAUACCACGAAAAUAUUGGCCACCCAAAUAUGAAGGUGAUAUAAAAUUUGCAGAAGAACAAGCUCGAAAACAAGCUGAAUCAAUUCAAGAACGAGGACAUUAUACUUCUUCUGAGGAAGAACUUGCUCAAAAUGCGAAUAGAUGGAUGACCGAGGAGGCGAUGGUGGCUUUCAGAAGAUACAUCGAGAGUGAAGAUGAUCUUAAGGGAGUUGAGUAUGAAUUUGAUGAACUUCUCCAUCAAUGUUUUAAUGUGGAGCAUUAUUUAAAGACAUGUCAUCACUUCACCUUUACUGUCAAGAUAAAGAAGCAUGGCUCAGCCGAUUGGACAUCAGUGAUGUACUUCGCUGAGGUCAAUGUUAUGCAUGUCAGAACCAAGGAAUGCAUGAGUUAA